AUGAGAGGAGAGGAGGAGGAUGAGAAGGAGGAGGAUGAGAAGGAGGAGGAUGCGAAGGAGGAGGAUGAGAAGGAGGAGGAUGAGAAGGAGGAGGAUGAGAAGGAGGAUGAGAAGGAGGAGGAUGAGAAGGAGGAGGAUGAGAAGGAGGAUGCGAAGGAGGGGAUGAGAAGGAGGAUGAGGAGGAGGAGGAUGAGAAGGAGGAGGAUGAGAAGGAGGAGGAUGAGAAGGAGGAUGAGAAGGAGGAGGAUGAGACGGAGGAUGAGGAGGAGGAGGAUGAGAAGGAGGAGGAUGAGAAGGAGGAGGAUGAGAAGGAGGAUGAGAAGGAGGAGGAUGAGAAGGAGGAUGAGAAGGAGGAGGAUGAGAAGGAGGAUGAGAAGGAGGAAGGAGGAUGAGAAGGAGGAUGAGAAGGAGGAGGAUGAGAAGGAGGAUGAGAAGGAGGAGGAUGAGAAGGAGGAUGAGAAGGAGGAGGAUGAGAAGGAGGAGGAUGAGAAGGAGGAUGAGAAGGAGGAGGAUGAGAAGGAGGAUGAGAAGGAGGAGGAUGAGAAGGAGGAGGAUGAGAAGGAGGAUGAGAAUUAG